GUGUUUGGAUAUUCCAAGUUUCGUUCUGCUUUCGGUAGAUGGCCAUCAUUUCAUGACAAAGAAUCAGAGACUCUCAUAGACAUUCCACCUGAUCAUAAUCUUUCCAAACUUUUCCAAAGAAGGUUUCAAAUUGAUCGAGAAAUUGAUGCAUGUUCACCUAUGUCUGCCAAAGAGAUAAAUACAACGCACAUAAAAAACACAACAUUUGGGAUCAACCACAUGGAGGGCGGCUGGCCUAAAGACAUCAGCUACCUCGAUCAGGAUCAAACUGUGAGGUACAGAAAGAAAGCAGAAAGAGAAGAAUCAUACAUUCCAACUAUGAACAAUUUAUGCAAGUCAAUGGAGGAAUGCAUCCAGCAGAACAACUCCAUAGACAUAUAUGUAAGGUACUUUGCCAAAGAACCCUUACUCGAAUAUCACCCUGAGGUCUCUGCCUCUGUUGCUUAUAACCUUAGGGACCCCAGUGGAUUAGGUCGAGGCGUGUCUUGUUUAACAUUUCAUCCCAAUGAGGGCAGUGAGAAGAUUGGGGUGGUGCAUUGCGAUUUGGAUUUUGAAGAAAUUUUGAAACCCUGUUAUGAAAGUUACAUAUGGAGAGUAGAGAAUCCAUUCCAGCCUGAGCAGAUCCUCUACCCCACCAGUCCAAUGCUGACCAUGCAGUACAACUACAAGGAUAGCAACCUUAUUGCCGGUGGACAACAUAACGGACAGGUUGCCUUUUUUGACAUUCGCAAAUCAAGUAAGCCAAUAUCAUUCACUGAAAAGUCGAUUUCGCACACAGAACCAGUCAACUCACUUAUCUGGAUUCAAUCGAAAACUGGAUUUGAAUGUUUCACGUGCUCAACUGAUGGACAGGUUUUGUGGUGGGACAUGAGGAACCUGAAUGAGCAUGCCGACCAGAUGUGCAUCGACUCUACCAGAAACAACGACAUCAACAUUGCAGAAGGUGGCAUUUCUCUUGAGUACAGUCCAACUGUGCCAACGAAGUUCAUGGUAGGAACAGAGCAAGGCAACGUGUAUUCAUGCACCAGGAGAGCUAAGAAUCCAGGUGAGAAGAUUGGACAGGUGUUUUCAGAGCAUCUUGGACCUGUCUACCUGCUUGAAAGAAAUUUUUAUCUCUACAAAAUUUUUCUAACAGUUGGAGACUACCAUGCAGAUAUAUGGAGCGAAGAUUUUCCACAUUCAGCACUGUGGAAAACUCCGAUGUACAACAGCCACGUGUUGCAUGGCGGUUGGAGCCCGCCGAGGCCGGCUGUCUUCUUCCUGAGCAAGGCAGAUGGAACAGUGGAUGUGUGGGACCUCAUGUACAAACAAAAGGGUCCUGAGUAUUCUAUAAAGUUGUGUGAUGAACGCUUGUUCUCUUUGGCAGUGGAGGAGAAAGGAGAAUUCAUAGCUGUUGGCUCUGAAUCAGGGGACACGUACAUUCUUCAGAUGAGUUCUGAAGUCUUUGAACCACAAAAUACUGAGAAAAACUUCUUCCUGUUUAUGACAGAAAGAGAGGCAAGGAGAGAAAAGUUUUUGUCAGAUAAGGAAAAAGACAAAAAAGUUGUAAAGGCUCAAAUGGCAGCUGCCGCUUCAACGUUAUUUUCUGAAAAGGAAAAAGAAGAAAUUAGUGAGCUUUUAAAUCAAACAACAGAUAUUUUCUAUGAAACCAUAAAGGAUGAAAAAAAGAAGUUAACUCAGCAAUCUCCACAAUUAUCAAAGGUAUUGCUCCAUUGGCACUGUAACCAUCAACUAUCUGUCAAAAUUGUUAUUUAG